CAAGUAGAAUUGUUGAAGGAACAUAAGAGCACAAUAUUGAAUUGUAUUUCUCAUCAUCAAAUUAACAUGCUAAGCACCAACAAGACAAAUUCAUCAUCCUCUUCAUCAUCAUCGGAUAAGAAAAAGAAGAAGAAUAAGAAGAAGGAAGCAGUGCAAUCUUCUUCAGCAUCAGCUUCUUCAUCAUCAUCAACAACAACAACACAAACUCUAGAUAUUAAUGCACUGAGUCAAUCAACAAAGGAAGAAUUAAUAGAAAAUUAUUAUGAACCGAAACACAUUUUCUUCUCAUCAGGUAAUCCGAAUGUUGAAUUGAUUACUGGUAUUAUUAAAUUGUACAAACAUGGAACACCAAGAAGUUUUACCAAUGCAGUUAAUGAAAAUAUUCAAGGAGAUGACUUUAAUACAGUGCCAAGAUCAGCAGAGAAGAGACCAAUGGCAAGCAAUUUGCUUAAUGUUGUGGAUUCUGUAAAUAAUUCAGCAAUUUCAGAAGAAGGCCCAAGUGAGGAUGAACUCUUUGGAUUAAUGAGUGGAAUGGAGCAAGAUGAGCUACCAGAGGAGAGAAGUAGAUUGGUAUCCAUCUUGGCAGUUCCUUCCUUCAUCUCUAUUGCGGACUUUUUUGAAUUUAUUGCUUGCUUUGAGUGUAAUAUUGAAAAGACGAGAAUUUUAAGGGACGAAUCACCAAACAAGUAUAUGGUAUUAUUGCAAUUUGAUGAACAAAGGAAUGCAGAUUCUUUCUUUGUGCAAUAUAAUGGAAGACCUUUCAAUUCUCUCGAUCCUGAGCAUUGCAAGAUUGUAUUUGUAAAGAGUGUUGAAUUUACAAGUAGACCUGAUAUGAUGGGCAGUCACUUGGAUAUCCAAUCUUCCAAGGAUAUGUUCAUUGUUGGAAGUUGCAAUGAUCCUCAACUUCAUACUGGAUCCAAUGCUACUUCUCCAAAUACCAACACUGAAACCCAAUGUACAGAGCCAGAAUGCAAAGAUCAUGGACAUUCUGAAGAUGAAAAGAGAUAUGAAUUACCAACAUGCCCAGUUUGUUUGGAUAGAUUAGAUUCAGGUGCUAGUGGAAUUAUUACAACAGUUUGUAACCAUCAAUUCCACUGCAAUUGUCUGACCAAGUGGGGAGAUGGUAAUUGUCCAGUGUGUAGAUAUACCGAACAAAUAACAACAGAAUUGAAAUGUGGAGAGUGUGGAUGUGAGUCUAAUUUGUGGAUUUGUUUAACUUGUGGUGUUGUUGGAUGUGGAAGAUAUGAGAAGGGACACGCCAUGGAACACUUUUUACAAACCAAUCAUACCUAUGCCAUGGAACAUAAUUCACAAAGAGUUUGGGAUUAUACAGGUGAUGGUUAUGUCCAUCGUCUUGUUGCUGGUAAUACAGAAGGAAAAUUAAUUGAAAUUUCUCAUCCAAAUCAAAAAGAAGCAAUGCGAGAAGCUACAGAGUUGCUGGAGGCUCAGUACAAUUCCAAAUUGGAUUCAUUCCUCAAUGAGUAUAACCAAUUACUCUCUCAACAAUUGACCAGUCAGAGAGUGUACUUUGAAAACAAACUUGCAGGUUUGGAGAAGGAUAAGGAUAAGCAAAUAGAAUCCCUCAUCAAUGAGUUACAAACCUAUCGACAAAACACUCAAAAGAUGACCAACAAGGUACAAAAGACUCAAAAGAAGGCAGAAAAGGAAAAGGAAGAAACAGAAUUUUUGAAAGAGCUCAACAAGACACUCAUCAACAAUCAAAAGCAAUAUGAAAUCAAGAUUGAAAAAUCAGAGGAGAAUUACAAGAAAUUGCUGGAAAAGAAGGAUGCUAAAAUUCGUGAUUUGGAAGAGCAAGUUCAAGACAUGAUGUCACACUUCUCAACUCAAGAUCAAAUUGAAAAGAAUCCAGAAAUGAAGAAUGCCACCAUUAGAGCCAUUGGAGGUCAAUCAUCAAGUGGUUCUUCUUCUGAUAAACCAAAGAAAAAGAAAAAGUAA